CGACGAAGAAGAAACCACAUCUGACGUCAUCACCUGGGCGCCAAAUCUGCAUCAACAAAACUCCAGAAAUCUGCACUUUUAUCAGAGCAGCAGAGAUGGACCUCGGGCCGUUUGAAGUGAAUAACUCUGUGAGCUGCAGACUGUCCUCACAGAUCCCGAGUCUGUGCCUGGAGCAGGACUGUUGUCUGGGCAUCGAUGAGGCCGGGAGGGGUCCUGUGCUCGGGCCUAUGGUUUACGGGAUCUGCUUCUGCCCGGUUUCCAAAAAAGAAAACCUGAAGGAAAUGAAGGUAGCAGAUUCAAAGACCCUCACGGAAGCAGAAAGAGAAAAUCUUUUUGAAAAACUGGAUGAAGCCAAGAGUUUCAUAGGCUGGGCUCUGCAGAUCCUCUCUCCUAACACAAUUUCCACCAGCAUGUUACAAAGAUCAAAAUACAAUCUGAAUGCCCUUUCACACGAUACAGCGAUUGGAUUGGUCCAGUUUGCCCUGGACAGUGGAGUACAAGUCAAAGAGAUCUUUGUUGACACAGUGGGACCUGCAGAAAAAUAUGAAGAGAAGCUUUCAAAGUUGUUCCCUGGGAUCACGGUGACAGUGAGGCCCAAGGCUGACUCACUGUUUCCCGUUGUCAGUGCAGCAAGUAUCUGUGCAAAGGUGGCCAGGGAUCGAGUUGUAAAAGGCUGGAACUUUGCUGAAGAGCUCGGUGAAGUGGACACUGAUUACGGAUCUGGAUAUCCUAAUGACCCAAAAACAAAAGCCUGGCUGUUAAAAUACCUAGACCCGGUGUUUGGUUAUCCCCAGUUUGUUCGCUUCAGUUGGAGCACGGCACAAACUCUGAUGGAAAACAAGUCUGCAGCAGUUCACUGGGAUGAUGACGAAGAGGGAGGAGAAAAAGGAGCUCAGAGACUCAACAACAAGUCCAUGUUGUCCUAUUUCUCCAGUGCUUCAGGAGCAGCUCAGAGUCAAACUGCUGCUCACCGUUUCUUUUCAGAUCGUCGACUGAAGAACAUUGACACACUUUGAACACGACUGGGUCAAAC